GAUACCGGCGGGGGUGGGGGGAGGGGCGUUUAGAGGAAGCGGAAGUCUGAGCGCAAGCGGAAGUGGUACUGCCCUGAAUACCCCGAGCAGCGAAACGGAGGACAGCUUGAUACUCCCAUCUUUAACAGACACAAACCAGGACUCGAAAUAGAUUUAAAUUUGCAUCAUGGACAAGAGUGACCUAGUGCAGAAGGCAAAGCUUGCUGAGCAGGCCGAGCGCUAUGAUGACAUGGCUGCUUCCAUGAAGGCCGUCACGGAGGGCGGAGUCGAGCUUUCCAACGAAGAGCGCAACCUGCUCUCCGUGGCUUACAAGAACGUGGUGGGCGCCCGCCGCUCGUCCUGGCGCGUGAUCUCCAGCAUCGAGCAGAAAACGGAGGGCAACGAGAAGAAACAGCAGAUGGCGCGUGAAUACCGUGAGAAGAUAGAGGCUGAGCUUCAGGAAAUCUGCAACGACGUGCUGGGUCUCCUGGAGAAGUACCUCAUUCCCAAUGCUAGCCAGGCAGAGAGUAAAGUCUUCUACCUGAAAAUGAAAGGAGACUACUACAGAUACCUGUCCGAAGUGGCAUCCGGGGAAGCAAAGAGAACCACAGUGGACAACUCUCAGAAGGCUUACCAGGAUGCAUUUGAGAUCAGCAAAAAGGAAAUGCAGCCAACACACCCCAUCAGGCUGGGACUAGCACUGAACUUCUCUGUGUUUUACUAUGAAAUCCUCAACACCCCAGAGCAGGCCUGCGCUUUGGCAAAAACGGCUUUUGAUGAGGCAAUUGCUGAGCUGGAUACCUUGAACGAGGACUCCUACAAAGACAGCACCCUGAUCAUGCAGUUACUAAGGGACAACCUCACUCUGUGGACAUCAGAAAACCAGGGUGAUGAGGCGGAUGCUGGAGAGGGCGAGAACUAAAGGCGUUGCACUUCACUGUUAAAUCCACCUACACUCUUUAUCUUACACAUAUACAGCCCAUAAUUCCCUGCUCCAUCCAGUCCACCUCACCUUUAAUCCACCUUUCUGUAUGACGAGCAGCAUGAAUUGUACCUAACCUACAAGUUUGUACCCCUGAAGCCACGAGCGGCAGGGUGAAGUUUGGUUUUUCUAAGGCUGUCUCGAACAUGUCUGUUUGUGUAUUUUCCCCCAGAUGAGGGAAAAUGGUUGAAAAGUGGAAACGAUUUUCCCUUCCCCAAAUCCCUCCUAACAUUUUUAAAAGGUAAAUGUUCUCUGGUCUAGUGGGAUAUAAUGCAUUAUAGUGUCCCUCCCCACCCAAUUUUCCCUCAUCUGUCUUUUCUCUCCAAUAGUGUACUGGCAAUUGCUGGUUUUAUUCAGAAGGUUAUUAAACUGUCCAUUAAUUUAACAAACACUGUGACGUUUACUUUUUCCUCCUGGAUAACCUGUGUUUAUUGGAAAUCAGAACGGUUUCGUUAUGAGUAGCAGUACAAUUCUGUUGUGAUCUCAUACAGAAGGGAUGAAAACAGGCUGUAUUGUGACACUGACAAACAUGCAUUACUAUUAUUGCUGUCGUGUGUAUGAUUUUUGCAUACGACGAAAAAAAGGACCCGAGGUUUGCCAUUCCAUGUCUAUAUUCAGUUUGAAGUAAAAGACAUUCCAUCAGUAUGUGACCUUUCACGAUAACAGACCGUAUUGUGAACAAACUGGAGAGUUUCCUAAUGUGCUGUCAAUGAGGCAGUCGGCAUAAAGGUGCUGUUUGACAUCAGUAAACAAUUUUCCUGGUUCUGUAUCCGCUUUUUUUCCCCUCGUAAUAUUGCCCACAUUUACGUUUAAUAAAGAUGUACAAUUGUAAACAUUUUAGAGGUAAAUACAAAUUUGUCUUGAAACUAAAUGCUUGCAAAAACUUUUUUUAGUUAUUCCACCCUCUUACAAACACAAGUCGAUGCUUGAUAUUUCCCUCUUCAUGUAAACCAGAAGCUGUUUCAGGGCCUAAGUCUGACUUUGAGCUUCUCUACUCCUCAUUCCUGCUAAUAGAGGAGUUUCUUCAGUGGAGGCUUUGUAGUCCUGGCCCAAAGUCUGUGAAACACAAGCUGAGAUCGAAUUUGGCAAAUAGUUGAAGGACCUGAAGCAUUUUUCGAGGGGUAGCCGCUCACUCAGUGUCACAAUACCUUGUCACAUCACCAUAACAUUCCACUUAGGUGUAGAACUCAUCCGUCUCGAGCUGAAGACAAUGUUCAUGCACUGAAGACAAAAUCUGUCUCUUUCUCUCCCCUUAGCUGAACAAAUGGCAGUUAUUCUACGCUUGAUUACAAAAAAAUACAGUAGUGAAUGUGGAGCCGAGCCUGUCUGUAUAUCUGGUAUCUCCAAUUGCUUUGUUUUUACUGACCAGUAUUCUGCCUAAAGUUAGCUUCUGUGACGGUUUCAUUGCUUAGCGCGCACGUGGUUGUGAAAAUUUAGACUAGCUUAAGAAAAAAAAAAAACAUUUACAAAAUGACAAAAAAAAUACAACCUGGUUAUUGACGUAAUACUAGAUUUGUGUAUGUCUUUUAAAACCAUUCUAGUUUCACCUUACAUGUUAUAAUCAGGAAAGUGUAAAAGACAAUUUAAAGUGAAAUAAAAGUUUUAUCAGUUCCAAA